AUGUGUGGUGGAAACAAAGUUGAGGAUAUAGAGGAGGAUGAAAAAGAUGAUAAGAAAAAAGUAGAUGCGGGAGAACCAAGAAAAUAUGAUCCAAAUUUUAAAGGACCUCUAAAAAACAGAUCCUGUACAGAUAUAAUAUGUUGUCUCCUCUUCCUCUUCUUCCUUACCGGAAUGGUGGCCUGUUCCAUUCUUGGUUUUGUGCGGGGAAACCCUUACAAGUUGAUCUACCCUACUGACAGCUCUGGCAAUAUCUGUGGACUUGACUCAAAAUCAAGCAAACCAUACUUGAUGUACUUUGAUGUUCUACAAUGUGCAAAGAUGGGGGCAAAUGCUAUAGUUGCAGGCUGUCCAACACCACAGGUGUGUGUAUCAGCAUGCACAACGGACUACUGGGUGUACUUAGAAGCUAUAGCGACUAGCAAUACCGCCGGACUCUUGUGUAAAGACUCAGUUGACACAACAACUGUGACCACAGGGCAAAUCGCUUCUCUUGUGUCUAAUGAGGACUGUGCUUCAUACUAUGUCAAGAACACUGCAAUUGUGGGUCGUUGUGUGCCUUCCUUCUUCCUAGAUGUCACUAACUAUGCUUCGAACCUACAAACCACCGGAGCUUACAAUCUGACUACAUCUAGUGGAGGAUCUGUUACAGCUAAUGACAUGACCACUGCCAGCUACUACUUGGCAAAAUUCUUCACAGCCACACAGUACAUAGAGAUGGUGUUCAAGGACAUUGUGGCCUCUUGGUGGCUCCUUCUGGUGUUUGCAGGCAUCGCCAUGAUAACCUGUUUUAUUUGGAUCAUUCUCCUUCGUUGGAUUGCAGGCAUCAUGGUCUGGAUCAGCAUUGUUCUAGUAUUUGGUCUCCUUGGAUUUGCAUGCUACUACAGCUAUGCCCAGUACUACGAAUUAAAGAACCAGAAUUCCACAGCCACCUACGGAGUUUCUGAAGCUUUCGCCCUUAACUUCAGUUACUAUCUCCAGCUUAAAGAGACAUGGCUGGCCUUUGCUUGUUCUACAGCGACGUUUCUCAUCAUUUUCCUAUUGAUAUUCAUUUUCCUGGUAAAGAGAAUUUGUAUAGCCAUAGAACUGAUCAAGGAGGCCAGCAGGGCCAUCGGUCACAUGAUAUUCACAUUGAUUUGGCCAAUCUUCCCGUUCCUCCUUCAAGUCUGUGUGGUUGGUUACUUUGGUGUCAGUGUUGCUUUCAUAGCUUCCAUGGGUGAUGCCGAGUAUUACAACAACUCGACCAACACCUCUACCGACGGUGUCAACUAUUAUCUGUCUAGAGUCACCUGUACACCAAAUGACACAACUCUCGGCUCACUCUGUGACUUUGUCAAGUAUGGUGGUACUGAGUAA